AUGUCCAGUCUCUUAUUAAACCUCAGAGAAGCAAAACUUUGCAGUGUACCAUAUAGGAAAGUUGAUAUGGCUACUGAAGAGGAAUGGCCAAAAGGAUCACUAGAAGAAUUAGUGCAAAAUGCUAUAAAGACAUGGGAUAUGGAAAUCGAACACAAGAUUCGCGUACAGGACAUUCAGACCAUCAACCCUGACACAUUCAAGCUCAUUGUUAAUGGUUCAUCUGACACAUUCAAGCUCAUUGUUAAUGGAAGAGAGGGAUUGUCAGGCGAAGAGAUAAUUAGGCUUGGGAGCUACAACGCUUUGUUGAAGAAUUCUCUGCCAGAGGAAUUUGAGUACUGCAAAGCAGAUGAAGAAACCUUCAAAUCAUCUCAUGACGCCUUUCGAUCUGCUUUGUCUAGAGGCUUUGCAUGGGAAGUGCUGAGUGUAUAUUCAGGGCCUCCUGUGAUCUCUUUCAAAUUCAGACAUUGGGGAUUCUUUGAAGGACCUUUCAAAGGCCAUGCUCCUACUGGACACAAGGUGGAUGAAUCUAUGAAGGCAGAAGAGGUGGAGAUUUACUAUGACCCGUCCGAGUUAUUUGGAGGGCUCCUCAAAGGUAAUUUGAUUUCAAAAUCUCAAUCAGAAUCAGAAGAUAACACUGUCAACACUGCAACAGCAGCACAUGGUUGUCCAUUUUCCAAAUAA